GGUUUUGAUGAUCGAGGGAAUGGAUAGCGCCUGGCUGUGCGGGCGCGAUGUCGGUGAUGGGGACGAGUUUAGGGUGCGAUAAUCCGCAGCGCGCGCUGAGCGCCACUGAGGGAUUGUUGUCUAGGAUGAGAGGGAAUCCGCAAUGCGGCGUAGGGAAUGGCAUGGAGCAUUGUCCAGCAUGUCAGGACGAUGAAGAAAUCCCUGUUAGGACGUAUGUAGGAUGACCAACAGUGCUUCACUCGGGCGCAAUGGCUGUCCAACUCGAACGAGCAUGGAGAACAUCAAGCAGCCAAAGUAUGGAUAUGCCCGUGCAAGAGGAGAGCUUCAGCGUGGUGGCUCACGGGCAAGAUCACACGAAGCUCAAGCGUCUCCGUUGCCCAAGAGCCCACAGCACCACCAUCACUCCAAGGUUUCAAAGGCGAAACGCAUGCGUUUUCUCACGAAGUCGGACAAAGGCUGGAGUUGGCUGUCGGUGCAAAUGCGUGACGUUGCCUCGGAGGUUAAGAUGGGAAUGGCCAGGAAGGGAGAGCUUCCACAGGAAUUGGUGCAAGCACUCUGGGGCCGUCAAGGGCCGUGUUGCAAGGGACAGGAAGCACUGGCCGACCACAUUGAUCACAAGCUCGAGAAGAAGCUAAAGUCCAAGGGAAAAGGAAAGCCAGGACGUAAGCCACAGAAGCCUGACACCAGGGUCUAUCCUGACGAGGAUGAUAAAGCACUUGAGGAUGAUGCUCCAAAGACACGCAAAAGUAGGCAGAAGAAAAUUCCUGAAACCUUGAUGGACGUGCUGCUGGCAAAAUGGGUUUAUUUUGACCAUUCGCAUGCGGAUGUGUCGCAGGUUGAUAAGCACAUCCACGCAAAGUAUUGUGAGAAUGCUUUUGGUCACUUCCUUUUCCCCGAUGGCCGACAAGUUCAUGGUUCUUACAGCGUUCCCUUGAGCUACUUGGUUCAAGAGCUACGGAAGCUGCUGACACACCUCAGAAGCAAGAUUGUCAACACGCAUUACAAGGAUCUGCCUAUUUUCAGUCCGCCAGAGCAACAAAUCCUACCCGAGUUUGAGCCUCCAGAAAUGAAGCCUCUGCCACAGCUGUAUCCCAUAGACGGCCUUUUUUCCAUUCCAACCGAAGAAUCCGAGGGGAUUGGUCCUAGCCUUGAGCUCCCGGUCUUUGAAGCCCCUGUUCCCAAAGAACUUCCUGCUCUUGAUUUGCCACCCCCUCUCCGCGUCUCACCUUUGAAAAUUCCGCCUCAGCCAAUCUUUCUGGAAGAUGAAAACAGCAUCGACAGAACCUUAUACAAGGAAGAUCCUCUGCCAACUUACUAUGCCCCUGAGAAACUUCCUUUGCCUCAAUGGGUGGAACCCAAACUUCUCGACUUCCCGAGUGCUCCAAUUCCUAUGAAGGUUCCAGUUUUACCGAUGCCAGUUAUGGAGGCUCUUCCGCCAUUUGUUGCUCCGAUUCCUGAACCUCGGCCUUGUGAAAAAGCCUACUAUGCUGUCGACGAGAGCUUUGGUCCCUGUUGUUGCGAGGGGAAGUGCAUGCCAAAUGUCGACAUGUAUGCUAGGAAAGGCAAGCCUUGUCAAGCCAAGCCGAGAGCCCUCCUUCCUUAUCCAGAGUCACCUUAUCCUCUACCUCUAGUGUUGAAACCCGAACCCGUUUUCCUACCACCUGUAGGCGAGCCACUUCCAGAAUUCCAUCCUCCCGCAUUGAAAGUAAGGCCAGCUUACGUUCCACCACCUCCGCUCGUGUUGCCUCCAUGGAAGCCUCCUCCAGCUCCGGAUCCUAUAGGAUAUCUUGCUGGACAGAGGCCUAUAUUCCUUAUAGACGCCAGUGGAACCAUGGCUAAAGGAGGUAUGAAAAUGGCUCAUGACAUCCUGACUGCGGUUUUUUCUCCCAGGGGCCAGGUUGCCAUAGCAGCAACGCAUUUCGACAUUAUCAUGUACUCGUUUGAUGCCUGGAGUUACGCUUCCAUGGAGAACUACAGGCUGCAGGCAAUGAUAGAGAAAACGCCUGCCAGCCUUGAGGAGGCGCUGAACUGGGCAUUGCGUUGGGGAGCAGGAGGCCCAACGAAUCUGCUGAAGGCUCUCGAUGUUUCUUUUAGUCGGAGCUUUUGUGAUUGCAUAUAUCUUCUCACUGAUGGAAAGCCAGACAAGCCUGUUCUGGUGAUGCAACAAAUCAAGAAGCUUCUAAAGAUGCAAGGCGCUGUCACCCCCCUGUACACAGUUGGAUUGGGGACGACGAAGUAUGGAGAACGUUUCCUGCAGAGGAUCUCCGAGCUAACUGGAGGCGUUGUAAGACAUGUCGACCGGAAUUGGGCAACAAAACCGCCGCCAGUGUCAGGGGUGGCUCUGGAAGACAUGCUGUGGGCUAAAUCCAUCAUAGAAGGCGAGCAACGGAGGAACAUCGUUCGUGGUAUGGUUGAGACGAUACACGACCUUGAGGAGAAAGUGAGGCUACGUUACGACAAGGAAAGAAACGCACCUCGGCUAGCAGCUUAUCAGAAGAAUCAGAAGAAAAUGGAGGAGGACUACGAGGCGCUUAUAAAGUCAAUUGACGAAGAAAACGAAGCAUUGCUAGCGGCUGCCAAGAGGAAGUACGAGGACGGCUGCAAAGAUAUCAUUGCAAGGAACAUGGUACUGCACGACUUUGCCAGGGAGAAGUGGUUGGAGGAGUGCCGGCGUGUCGAGCAGCUGAAUCAACGCGCUGUAGAAGAAAUCGAGAAAUGGAAGCGCCAGGUGAAGCACAUUGACGAAGAGAACGCAAGGCUGGUAGCCGAGGCCAAAAAGCAGUACGAGAAGGACGUGAAAUGGGUGGAGGAAAUGAACGCGCUCAGUCUGAAGCAAGCAAUGGAAGAGUACGAGGUCGAUUGUCUCAAGAAGAAAACAGCAUUCGAGUUUAAAGUCAAGGAGACCGAGAGGCAGCAGAAGGAGAUGGAAGAGACAGUCGCGACCAGGAACAGGAUCAACCAGGAGAACCACGCAAAAAUGGUGGCCGAGAUCACUCAGACGAACAAAGAAACAACAGAAAAAGCUCACGCGGAUCACGCAGCGAGGGUGGCGUACAUCGAGUCGGAGAACGCGCGCAUCAAAAAGGAGUCGGAGGACGCAUUCCAGAGCACCUACGACAAAGUAAAGCUGGAAAACGCUCGACGAGUAGCGGCUCUCAAACAGAAGAUCCAAGACCUCAAAGAGAACAAGGAGAAGACACUGUCGACUUACAAAGCAGAGCUAGCAGCAGCCAUGGCGGAGCACGAGGCACAGUCCAAGAAGUUUGCCAAGCUCAACCAGGAGACCGAGGAGCGCGCAAGGGCGAACUGGAAGCUGGCGUGCGAGGCAGUGGCUGCCGAGAACAUGGCGAUUGCAAAGGCCGCAGUGGAGGAGUACGAGCGGCAAUCCAAGUUCGUUCACGAGGAGAACAUGAGGCGCGCCAGUCAGAUAGCAGCGAUGCUCAAGAAAAAGGCCGAGGUGGAAGCUCAAAACGAGGAGGUGACGAGGGUGAAGAAGAUCCAGUGGAAGGCGGCCUGCGCACAGGCGGAGGUCGACUACGAGACGGAUGUAACACGGGCGAAAGAAGAACACGAGAAGCUCUCGCUGGAGGUGAAUGCCAAGAACUCGGAGGCUUUCCAGGAGGCUCUGCUGGAACACAAGGCAAAGGUGGCGGCGGUGAAGAGUUACAACGAGACUAUCCGCCCGUUUGUGGAGGCGUCCAUCCUCGUCAAGGCGGAGAUAGCACGCGUGGAGAAGUUCAUCCGCUACAUCGGCAAUGCGUGCCUGGAUCCAAACCGCAAGUCCACGGACACGGCGUCGGAUCUAAACGUGCUGGGGAAGUCCGAGCAGGGAAUGGAGACCAAGAUCUUGGUGGAGGCGCUGCAGGAGGCUUACAGUACCAAGCGCGAGGGUGGUGACUACGUCCAGAGGCCCAGUUUCUACUCGGGCAAGGACUUCUCCGGGAUGAUACCGAUCCAUCCACCUCGAGCACCACAGCACCACUGCCCGGACUUGGAUGGCCACGUCCGGUUGAAGGAGCUGGAACUGGAGAGGUUGAGGCUCGAACUAGAGGAGAUCAAAGCCGAAGAGGAAGCCAAGAUAUCCAAAGAGAAGGACAAGCCGCUCUUCAGAUUCUAA